AUGUUCUUCGCUUUGCAGCUGGACCGUGGUAACAUCAACCAGGCCCUGUCGGACAACAUGCUCAAGGACCUUGGCCUGACUACGAACGACUACAACAACGGCAUGACCAUAUUUUACUGCAAUUUCCUCUUCGCCGAGCUGCCUCCACAGAUGAUCUCGAAGAAACUCGGGUCAGAUCGAUGGAUUCCGGUGCAAAUGGUGAGCUGGUCAGUGGUUGCGAGCAUGCAAGCAUUCCUCAACGGCAAGACGUUCUUCUUCAUCACGCGUUUCCUGCUGGGCCUCAUCGAAGGCGGUUUCAUUCCAGACGUCAUUCUCUACCUCAGCUACUACUACAAGAGUUCCGAGCUGCCCAGACGAUUGAGCUUCUUUUGGGUUGCCUACCAGUCUACGAACAUUUUAUCAGCGUUCCUGGCUUAUGGCAUUUUGCGUCUUCGGAGACACAACGGCUUGCCUGGCUGGGCGUGGUUGUUCGCGCUGGAGGGCAUGCUGACUGGCCUGCUCGGGAUUCUCGCAUGGUUCUACCUGCCGGCAAGUCCUUACACCACGGCUAGCUGGUUCCGAGGCAAGAAUGGUUGGUUCUCGAAAGAGGAAGAGAAGAUUAUUGCCAACCGCAUCAUUCGUGAUGACCCUUCGAAGGGAGAUAUGCACAAUCGCCAAGGUCUGGGGCUGCAUCAGCUCUGGGAGUAUCUAGCUGACUGGCAUAUGUGGCCGAUGUAUAUCCUGGGUUUAACAUGGACGGUCCCGAAUACUCCUCCUACUGCCUACCUCCCGCUUAACCUCAAGGCGCUCGGCUUCGGAACCUUCGAAACCAAUCUACUCACCAUACCAGCAUACGUCCUCUUCAUCCUCCAGCUCCUCUUCUAG